CAUAAUUUAAUGAGCUCGACGGCGGCCAUGUAAACGGAACUUUAAACGCCGUAGGGAGCUGGAGAUAUAAGACAAAUGCAUCGGGGCGAAAAGAUAAAAUUCCUAAUACAAGACGUUGCAUGUGGCCACUAAAGUGACGUGAUCUUACACAGGUGUCCGCGUUCCAACAGCAGCGCUGCAGCGUCUGAUUGGAAAAUUAGUGUUCCUUCGAAAUCGAUGACGCAAGUGCGAGUGAUCAAGAAAAACUGAUCCGAUUCCGUUUCUGUGAUGGAAUAACUUGAAACCCGGUAUGAUAGUGGAAUAGAUUGCUGCUCUGACGCGUAUACCUGUGCUUAGAAUGCUGUUAUUAUUAACAAUAACGUCAAUCGAGUUGUUUCGCCCAGUUGUUUAAAUAUAAUACCUCUACUUUUAGCUACAUGCUUAGGAUAUGCUUAGUCUCCCAGGUAAGACUCAAUCACAAUCAACACAAAAUAUGGCACUUGAUUCAUAUUUAUAGAAGUACUGAGACACAGGUGGUUGGUUUUAUUUAGGUUUUGAAUAGUGCCAGUUUCAUGUUGUGAACAGCACCGUGAUGACAGCAAUCCUUAUGCAAGCGCGCAAGGAGCUGGCUUUGUGAUCCGCUUUCACACAGACAGAAUCGUUUGGGUAUUAUUCAUUUUAUACACGUAAACUUAAUACAGGGUGUUUCAAGAAACCGGGAGAAUACUCAAGCGUGUCCCCCGCGAUUUAAAUCCUAUGUGUAGGCUGAGAGACUGGGUAAUAUUUAAUGCGUUAUCCAAAAAUCCAAAUAAAUCAGAAAAAUAAAAUCGAAGGGCUGUUUUUAAGGACAUACUGUAGGAUGUGUUUCAGUAAAACAUGCAGCUCAGCUUCCGACCGGCGACUUCCACAGCCUCAUGAAUGGGCUGGACCAUGCACCGGAGACAUGAAUGAACAGGAGGGGUCUCACCUGUACUGUCGCCGGCGCCAACACCGCGCUACCCCCGGGACGCGGCACUGCUCUGUUCACAAGGUGGGCGCUCGCAGGACGCAAGCGGACACCCCCCCUGAGCGACUAGUGUGGAGCUGGCGGCGGCGGGAGCGGGGUCCAGUUUCCCAAAGCCUGACCCCCUCCGUCGCCAGAGUGGUCUUUACCCACCGGAGGAUUUCAUAUGCGUGACUGUACGGCAGCGGAAUUUCUAUUUACAACACGGCGGGCGGGCACGGGCAGCGAGCUGCGCGCAGGUCCGCUGGGCAUGUGAGCUCCGAGACUCGGCCGCGCCCACCCGCCGUCGACGAGCGUCUCGGCCGUCUUCUCCCGCGCCAGACCCCCGAGACCGCCGGCCGGGGGAGCAGGAGGCGCCAUGCCGGAGCAGAGCAGCGACUACCGGGUGGUGGUGUUCGGCGCCGCCGGGGUGGGCAAGAGCUCGCUGGUGCAGCGGUUUGUCCGCGGCACCUUCCGGGACACCUACAUCCCCACCGUGGAGGACACCUACCGGCAGGUGAUCAGCUGCGACAGGAACGUGUGCACCCUGCAGAUCACCGACACCACGGGCAGCCACCAGUUCCCCGCCAUGCAGCGCCUCUCCAUCUCCAAGGGCCACGCCUUCAUCCUGGUCUACUCCGUCACCAGCCGCCAGUCGCUGGCCGAGCUGCAGCCCAUCUACCAGCAGAUCCGCCACAUCAAGGGCGACGCCCAGACCGCCCCCAUCAUGCUGGUGGGCAACAAGAGCGACGAGACGCAGAGGGAGCUCCAGGCCGGCGACGGGGAGGCCCUGGCGGCGCAGUGGGGGUGCUCCUUCAUGGAGACCUCCGCCAAAAUGAACUACAACGUGCAGGAGCUCUUCCAGGAGCUGCUGAACCUGGAGAAGCGGCGGACAGUGACCCUGCAGGUGGACGGGAAGAAGGCGAGGAGGCUGAAGAGCUCCGACCGGCUGAAGGGGAAGUGCUCCCUCAUGUGAGGCCGCGCCCCCCCCCGUCCCCAGAGCCGGACCUGCCAGCGGUGUGAACGUGGCGCCAGCGCGUUCAUCAACACGCAGCGCUCAGAUCUGUGCGCGUGUGCGCGGGAGUUCACACACACACACACACACACACACACACACACACACACACACACCCACCCACCCACCAGCAACCCUCAUUAACAUUCCAUCAGCGUGCGCUGUGCUGUCCAGAUGGGCUUUGUGUCGCGGGGUGGGGACCUCUGUUUUUGUACACCAAAGAUGUUCUGGUCCUUAACUGAAAGCUAUUUUUUGUGGAUGUUCAAUGCAGCUGCCGUAAUCCACAGAUAUAUUUAAUGCGUAUUGUCAUGGAACUUUAAUUUUUACUGUUUAUGAAAGAUCAGUAAAGUUGGUUAACACCUUU